CCUACUCUCCUCAGGAGCGCCUACGAGGCUGAUACAGCUGGCCUGGAAGCUUCAAGCUGUCGAGCUCAGCUGUCAUGUGUAACGGCCAACGCGAUACUACGUCGAACAAAGAAUCUCCAACCCUCGAUGCGAAUAGAAUGUUGCUCAAAUGAAAGCAGAUUAAUAGACUAUGACCUCGCCAAACGAUUCCAAAAGCGAGAGCACCGCGCCAUCCAACCCUACGAACCCGAACGAUAUCCCUGAUACCAGCGAAGAUGGCAAAGUGGCAGACGACAAGGCCACUCCUGGAGAAGCCCCUAAGCCUACGCCAGCGGCAGCUACGGGAAAUCGUCCACGAGCAAACACCACGAAGAAACCGGAGCCCCCUACAUUACUCCACGACUUUCUUCUAGGGCGGCCGUCUCCGGCGAGACUAGAGGCAGAGCGUAAGCGACGACAAAGCACUGGCACAGUCAGAUCAGACGUUCGACAUGAUAUGAAACAGAACCUGGUGCGAAAAUUACAGCAGCCAAGUGGUGUCAAUGACAGGGUCAAGGCAUGGCAAAAGGCCAAUGCAUCCGCCAUGGCGGACGCCGAUCCAGAAGAUCUGGCCACGGAACCAACGGAACUUGCGUUUGCUGGAGAAGAGAUGGAAAGCGUUACAGAGGAGGAUCGAGUACGGAUAAAGAUGCGACAAAAGAAGAGACCACCCAAAAAAGUAGUCGUCCAUAACAACACCAGCGGUAAAGAGCCAGAGAAAACGCCUCUUCCACCCCCUAAGAAGAGGAUCGUUAGCGACGAUAACUGGGUACGGCCAAAGGUUAGGAAGCCUUCAGUUGUUAGGAAGCCUUCAGUUCGCAAGGUCUCGCCGCGCCCUAGGAAGCCGAGCAAUCCGACAGCCCGAGUUCCAAACGGCUUCGCAUUUCGAGCAGUGCCCAAUCCAUCUUUUCAGAGUAAAGUCAAGGCAUGGGCCGAAAAAGUCGUGACGCCACCUCCACGAAGCCGUAGAGGCUCAUUCUCUUCCGACUUAUCGACUUCCUCCGAGGACGAUGAGGAAGAUAGUGAUGAUGGAGAAACAGAAACCGAAGUCACUGCGAAGAAACCUCUCAGGCCCGGCGCAGACGAUAACGACGGGAUUCGAGUGCGGCCUAUACGAAAAAAGGAAACCGACGACGAUGGAAUUCGAGUUGCUCCGGUACGAAAUAAGCAGCCAGAUGACGACGGCAUACGAAUCAAACCUAUGAAGCCUUCGCCAGCUGCAACCCAGGAUGAUGGUAUCCGCGUUAAACCUAUGAAACCUCCGUUAUCUGCAACCCAGGAUGACGGUAUUAGAGUAAAGCCAAUGGCCGACUCUAGAUCGGAACCGGGGGCGCCACGACCGGCACGCCAGAGAAGCAAAACUGCGGGUGCUACACCCAAAAAGCAUACGAUUGACGACUUGAUCAAGGCUGUCGAGGAAGCAACCCAAUUAUCAAUGUCAGAUCUCGAUACCCCGGCUCAGGAGCCCCAGCAGAAGCCUCGAUCCGGCGUGAAAAGGAGUGGAACGAAGCAUCCCGCUGCCAGAGCUAAAUCAGUAGACGUCAGUUCGCGUGCCAAGGAGCCUCUUCCGGAAUCAGACUUGGGCACAUCUUUAUCAAACAAAUCUUUGGCUGACAUUCCGGGGGAUAUCCCAUUUGGGCAUUCCGCCUUUAGUGAGUUGGAUUUGCCUCUACGGGGCCCUCCCAAGAGCAGACCAAAGCAACAGCCAAAGCGCUCAAAGAUGGAUAGAGCGGCAAGCCUGAAAGCCAUGCCGAACGUUCUGAAGAAGGUGGUGGAGGAGGGCAGAAAGAUUAUCCAAGAUCUUAAUGAACCUCCACGGCAUGCUGUACCCAACAACCCUCCCAGCAUUGAAAAGUGGCUCAACAACACUGUUGAGCCUUAUAAUAAAGACAAUAGACCAACGUCACCUACGUCCACAUUGACUGACGAUGACGAUGACGUUACUAUCGGAGAGACCACACCAAAAAAGGCAGCACCUAAAAGGACAACGCCCAGAGAGACCGCACCUCGAGAAACAGUGCCCCGCGAAACCAUGGCUCGCGAAACCACACCUAGGGAAAUCUCGUCUAAAGAUUCGCCAAAAAAGGUUACGCCCAAAAGGAAACCUUCAGCAGAGACGAAGAGCUCAAUGGCAUCUGAUUCGCGUGUAGUCUCCAACGUCACCUCUGAACUUACUUCCAAUGUUACUUCUAGCGUGGAAACAACACAGACAGAGGAGACUGUUCAGAGUGCCCCUGGCUCUGCAAACUCAACGCUAAAAUCAGGGACAUCAAAGGGGAAAGAGCUUUCCAAAAAGAAGUCAUCAUCUUCAGAUGGGCUGCGGAGGAGCCGAGCCACGAGAGAUUCACAGUCGCAAUCAAAAUCAGGAAGUAAGAGGCGACCAUUCCUUGGCGCUCUGAAGGAAGCUUUUCAAGGGGAAUCCGCAGAGCUUGCAAAGCCCGUAAAGAGCUAUCAGAGCCACGAAGAGCGCCGAAUCGAAUUUGAAUCUUCUGAGGAUGAAGAAGAAGAAUUUGACGCAGAUUCCCGGUACAUGCAAUCUAACUCUGAUUUGAGUAGCUGGGUUUCUACAGAGACGCGCUCAAGCACUGAUCGGGAUUCAUCUGUUCAUAGCUCAAGAGGAGCACCCUAUAUGGCCGGCCCGCGUCUCCGACCCCCUACAAAGGGCCAGUAUGAACUUUCCACAAUCCUCUCCGCUGGCUCUAGUGUUAGUCAUUCGGAAACAGAAUCAGAUGCGACGGAAUCUACUCUCACUCGGUCAACGACAGUCUCAAAGCCGACUGAUCCGAAAAUCCCACAGCGGCAAGGCUCAGGGCUCAAGAGAAGACUAACAAAGCACUCUGACCUGGUUUCCGUGCUCUCACUGCCUGAUGACAAAGAUGUUCCUCAAGGAGUCAUGAAUAAUAGGUCAAGACCGAGCUUACGAAAGACACGCGGCUUGUCCAAUGAUGUAACUGCCGAUGAUUUGUUGAAGGAGUUCGCCGAUGAUGAGAACUUGUAUCAGCGAGAGCUCAAAACCUUGGUGGGUGGCGUGGUGCCCGUGCUUCUCUCCCACGUUGUAACCGAUACCUCUGGAACAUCUUCCCCCAAGGUCAAGGUCGACACUACAUCCAAGUCAGUUGUCGAUAUGGGAGUCGCGCUUGAGAAGCUCAAAAACGCACAUUCCAAGGCUCCUCUUACGGAUAUCCGCCGCAUGGCUAACUGGGCACAUGGUGUGGUCCCACUGUAUAAUAACUACCUGAGUGUCUGGAGACUGGGCUUCCAGGACUUGAUAAUUAAUCUCGCGCCGCGGCGAGGCGUAGCAGAAGGGGAUGAUUCUCUUCUUGACGCCCUGCCGAGAAACGCAAAUGGAGAUCUGGUCAAUGAUCAAGGAGAGCGAGUGGCGGUCGCCUACCUUUUGAAGAAGCCGCUCCUCCGCGUGAAACAGAUGGCCAGAUUAAUCGUUUGUGUCGACCAAAUGUUUACCUCUCCCGAUACUAGCCAGCUAGUCAAAGACUUCGAGGCUUUGCAAGAAAAGGCACGCCGGCGCCACAGAGAGGAGGUUGCUAGGAUCAUUGAUGAGGAAGCCAUCAACACGGAUACUACAAGAGCUCGAGACAUCAGAACGCUUGGCCCGACCAAAUCCAUUACUAUUGAAGUAACCCGUCAAGUCAGCGCCAAGGAUAUUUUUUCGCUUGAUAUCGCCCACUCCAACGGCCAAAGGUUGGAAUGUCAAGUGGAGCUGGUGCACCGGGACAAUCAAAGCCUGGCUGGAGAUCAGGGAGACCUUCUCAUCCGAGAAGUGGGAGAUGGCCGACGUUCGUAUCUUCUUUUCCCACCCAUUUCUAUGUCUCUUGUCUCUGCUCGCGCAGGAGAUGGAAAGCUGGACUUGGUACUUAUGGUUCGUGGCAACCACAAUGGGAAGCCAUGGCAUGAGCUCCUUAAUCUAUGGGCAGACGAAGAGGAGCAAAUUCUGGACUGGUUGGAUAUCCUACCAUCAUCUCCCGUCCCACCCAGAGAACCUGAACCCAGCAUCCUGGAUGAAUCCGAUCUUGGAUCGGACUCUCCAGGUAGGUUGCCUGACGUUCCAGUUGGAGUUCAGAGCAUGCUAAGCGCGGCGUCUCGAUCCGAAAUCACCGACCAAGAUGAUUCUGGCAGCGAGCUAUCAACUCCACCAACUCCUACACGAGCUGCGCCUGGGUCUCCCGGCAGAGAAAAACAAAAGACAUCUGCACAAGAAAUUGGGAGGUCCGGUUCUUCUAAGACAAUUCCCGUCAUAUACCAUAACGACACGCCACCGCCGCGACCGCCUAUUCACCGAACUCUUAGCCCCACGCCCCAGCAAACAGCAAAGUCUCAGUCAUUGCUUAAACCACCUGUUGACCACCACGUCAGCGGCGGGCUUAAGAGAAUAGGUUCCUCUCCUCUCAAGCAUGAGUAUCUACCUUCCGAAGUGUCUUCUGCAUCUGGCUUAUCUUCUUCUGCUGUAUCCUCGAUAGUGGAAGAAGGGGAGGAAACGGAAACAGAAGGAGAAGAUGAACUGUCUGAGACAGAGUCUGAAUCCGAGUCCUCUGAUGAGGAAAUGGAGAGUAUUGAUGUUCCUCAGACUGAGCUUGGCUAUAGCAUAAAAGAGGAUGAUCGGAGAAGAGGCUCAUAUGCUCCUUCAUGGGCCCCAUCGUAUGCGCCCUCGUAUACUCACGGAUCUGAAGUCAGCUUGACACCGUCUAAUUCUGCUUCUCAAGCUGGUCUUCAUGGACGAAAACCAUCGUCAGAGGAUGGUAGUGUUGCAAAGUCAGGACGAUGCUUAGCUACCAUCUCUAGAUGGUCUGACAAAGGUGCUUGGAAGGACAUUCAUCCUGACCACUGUUCGAUUAUUGUUUCCGAUGGUCUCAUCGAGGCAUACGCUUUCAGAGACAGCAAUUAUACCCAAAUGGAUGACAAGCCCAUCGUCGCGCUGGAUCUUACUCCCCUGGUAUUGAUUCGACAAAGUACUGCGGUCGAUCUUGAAAUCAGGUCUUCAAUGCAGGCCCAUAGCAAGCUGGCACCAGUCUACCCAGGCGGCAACUUCCGCUUCCGCUGCUUGAACGGCCCCGAUUGCUAUCUUCUCUACACGGCGGUGCACCAUGCCCGUCUCAACAACCAAAAGUACAUCCAGCUUGAGAACGAAGCCAGAUUCAGAGGCUUUGGGGAGCGACCGGCCCCUCCUCAAGAUGGAGACACGAGCAGCCGCCGCCGUACCUGGUUCGGUAGGAAAAAUAGCUACCGCAGCUCGGUCAGAGCGCCUUCACAAAAUCAAGAUGGGGCCAGUACCACACCGUCCUCCGCUCUAUCUGCGUCCAGUUUCCUCAAGAAACUCACUCUUGUUGGAAAUCUGUCUUUCAAUCUUGCGCGAUCAUCGGUUGAUAAGCGCGGCGGCCGAGGUGGAAGCGGCCACAAUAGCCUCUACGGAUCUGGCUCUUCAUCAGGAUACGGAACGCCUCGAUCGCCAUCCGUGAGCGUCGACCACAGCGGCGAGGGGCCUGUGAAUAUUGACGCCGAGAAUAUUCGCAUCCGGCUACAUCUUCUCGUCUCGUCUGCCAAGUGGGAAGACUAUGGUAACUGCACUCUGCAAAUCCGCCGGCCGCCUCCAGGUUGGCGUCAAGCCCUCCGAGCAGACCAUGGCCUCGAAAAGAGAGUCACGGUUACGACUAUACCGAAGAAGAGCUCUGAGAAGGCGAUUAUCCUAUUGGAUGCUGUUCUUGGAAGUGGAUGCUUCACGCCUAUGGGUAGUCGAGGUAUCGUCUGCGGUGUCUGGGAGGAAGUCAAGAGUGGUGAUGGCGUCAUUGGUGGUGUUCCAGCGAACGGAGCCACAGGAGGAAAUAUUAAGAAGUGGUGUUUCCAAUUUGCCAGCGUAGCCGAAGCCAGUUGGGUGAUUCGACUGGUUCACCAAGAGGUCAUUACCACAUGAUUGACUAAACCAUAUCUUUAUCGAUAUAUCUCAAAGCUAAGAUGACUGUCUUUUUUUUUUGCCUUUGCUUUAUCCGCGGGGCAAGUAUAUUUGCUUUUUUAUCCUUUAUAUUUCUUUUUUCUUAUCCAUUCUGCUAUAUGCAUACAUACCACGUCUUUUAUAUUAGUUUUUGUUGCUGCUGUAUCACCGUGGCUACACUAUAUCCCGUUAAUUCGCCACACAGCGAGGAGUUAGAUACCUGUAUAUAAGAAGAGCAUUUGUAUUUAGAUGAGGGGAAGUCUCAGGGAAGGGGGAGUGGUGGUGAGAGGGGCGAUGGCGGAUGAGCCUUUUAUCUUUUAUUCUUUCUUUCUAGAUAGUAGUGGUGCAUGAGGGAAAGGAAGGGAGAGGCGGGUGAUUGGUAUAUCAUUUAGCUGGACUGCAUAUCGCUGUUAGGAGGCAGCUUGAAUAAAGUUAGAAUUAUACUACAAAGA